UUUAAUUCCAUCCAAACCCAAAUACCAAAACCCAAGAUUGUAAAUUGCCUUCAAAUCUAUUUACGCACCACUGUUGCAGCUUCCCAUGUCUUGAUAGGAGCUCAAUCAUGCUGAAAGCAGUCAUGGCAGGCUUUGGAUGCUUCAUUUUGGAGACAGUAAAGGGAUCAUAGUGGGCCAUUUCAGUCUGCAAUACAGUAUGGUUCUAGUGAACUUCAGAGGAUAUAAUUCUGUGCUUCUCUAUCCCCACAAAGCUUACUCAGAAGUGGGUUAGUGUGAGGAUAUAACUACCUUAUGUAGUAUUUCAUUUGAUCCGUCAAAUAUGAGUACAUCAACGACAUGUGAGAUUGUCGAAGCAAUAGAAGUAGAUUUGCAGUUGAAAAUGGACAAGAAAGAUGGCAAGCAAUGUAUGCCAAACUCAGGAAAUAGGUAUUCAAUAGAAGAUGAUAUUAACAAGCUUUUUCAGGCCAUUGAUGUUAGAAAUUCAGGCAGGGCUUCAGGCCCAUGGCGUGAAAGUAGCAAAGAUGCCUUGAGGAAGAGUGCUAUGAAAAAGCCAAUGAGAGCUAGUACAUCAAAAGUAUCAGGUAUUGGAAUUUCAGAACCUGUAAGUUUGAAGCAAGCGCUCAGAGGAUUAUGUAUCUCUCAGGCAUCAGAGAUGGCUGCCAUGAAGCGGCUGUCGAGGCCAGGUCGUACAUCUGGGGUUUCAGAAGCAGGCACUAUUAAAAGGUUGUACAGGGCAGUAGUAGUCGAGGCAAAUGGAUCUGGCCUCCCAUUGAAUGAAGGUAAAGGGAAUUUUGUGGAGAUCUCUCUAGUACCAGAUGCAUCAAAUAGCUCUCAGAAAAUUCCUGGAUUCAUGCAUUCAGAGCCACAGGUUCAUCCAGCCACAACUCCGGCUGAUGCAAUGAUGAGCAAAUUAGCACCACAGAAACUAAUUUCUUCUUCGCCAACAGCAGUUCAGAGUAAGAUAGUACAGACAGAAGAUGGAGAACUGCAAGAUGCUUCAUCAAGCAAAAAAGUCAUUCAGGUGGAGGGUCCGAUCACUACUCCAAAUUCAUACAAGGGCCAGCUCUCUGCUUCUUCUCAAUCUGGCUCAAACUCCAGUAGUAAGUUAAGGAAAUCUUCUGGCAGUGAUUCACAUUUAAUCAAGUCGGUCCUCAGGAGCAAGAGCUUUGUUACGAAAAAGAAGAAGCAGGAUUUGAGUUCCGGUUCUAGUAGUACCAAAUCAGAUUCCCAGAUAGUUAAUAAUGAUUUAGUUUCUACUACUAGUAAAUUGGAGGGUCAGCUGCACAGUGGCACUCCGAAGCAUGAAAGGGAUCGAAAUACAAAAAGUUCUAUGGUCUCCAGUAAUCAUAGUGUAGAAAUGAUCUCAGGUAUUGUUGAUAAAAAAGGGAAACCAGAUUUCCGGUCAAAUUAUAGUAACAGAAGCAGAUCCAUAGUGACGAAUGGCGAUGAGAGAUCAAGAUCAAAAGAAAAGGGAGAUUUCUCACAGAGCUCGAAAAGUAGCAUCGGUGAUUACAGUAGCAGUACAAGCACUAGUGAGGAGAGCACUCUGAGUGGGUCUGGUCGAAGUGGCAAGAGACCUCACAUGUCAAAAGACUUGAGAUGGGAAGCUAUCCAUCAUGCUCAGAAGCAGCAAGGAAGCUUAAGUUUGAGGCACUUUAAGCUGCUCAGGAAGCUUGGUUCUGGGGACAUUGGAACUGUUUAUCUUGCUGAGCUGAUGGGGACAAACUGCGUAUUUGCUGUGAAAGUAAUGGAUAACGAGUGUUUGGCUACCAAGAAGAAAAUGAUUAGGGCCCAAACAGAAAGAGAAAUACUGGAGAUACUGGAUCAUCCCUUUCUCCCUACAUUGUAUGCUCACUUUGUGUCAGAUAAGCUCUCAUGUUUGGUUAUGGAGUACUGUCCUGGUGGAGAUCUGCAUGUGCUUCUUCAAAAGCAACCUGGCAGGAGUUUCUGCGAACAAGCAGCCAGGUUCUAUGUCUCUGAAGUUCUCCUUGCGCUGGAGUAUUUACAUAUGCAAGGCGUUGUGUAUCGGGACUUGAAACCAGAAAAUAUCCUGGUCCGAGAUGAUGGCCACAUAAUGCUCACAGAUUUUGAUUUGUCACUUCGAUGUGCAGUCAAUCCAAUGCUACUCAAAUCAUCGUCUCCAGUUGUGGAGAGCAGAAAAAAGAUGCCAAACCCAUGUAUUGAAUCCAGUUGCAUCGACCCUUUCUGCCUCCAACCAGCCUGGCAGGGCUCCUGCUUCACUCCUAGGAUGUUAUCUGCUGGUGUAAAAUCUCGGAAAAUAAAAUCCGAACUUGCUUCCCAGGUCAGCCCACUCCCACAGCUUGUAGUUGAGCCAACGGAUGCUCGAUCAAACUCCUUUGUUGGAACCCAUGAAUACCUUGCUCCAGAGAUCAUCAAAGGAGAGGGUCAUGGGAGUGCUGUUGAUUGGUGGACAUUUGGAAUAUUUCUGUUUGAGCUGCUGUAUGGUAAGACACCCUUCAAGGGAUCAGGAAAUGAGGACACAUUAGCCAACAUUGUCUCGAAAAGUCUCAAGUUCCCAAACAACCCUAUAGUUAGUUUUCACGCACGAGAUUUGGUCAGAGGCCUCUUAACAAAGGAGCCUGAGAAUCGUUUAGGAUCUGUGAAAGGGGCCGCAGAGAUCAAGCAGCAUCCUUUCUUUGAAGGCCUUAACUGGGCAUUGGUUCGGUGUGCAGUACCACCAGAGUUGCCGAAAUUGGGUGAUAGUGUAAUUGGUGCACCUCCUGCUUCACAAAUGCAGGAGAGCAGAAACUGCAAGGAGUUGGAAGAGGGUACAGGAGACAAUAUAGACUUUGAGUUGUUUUAGUUAAAUUUUCACUCAAGAAAGAAAGUUGAUCCCCUCCAUCAGUUGUUCGAACUGAUAAUAUAACUUGUAGUGUAAAUUAAACGUAACUCAAAAUAGCUGUAGGCUACGUACGAUAUAUGACAAUAUCAAUACUAAUUAUAUAGUUG